UUGCGGCCGUUGGAGGAGGACAUCGCUGUUUGUGGUGGCCAUUCACUGGAGCCAAAGCUGAGAAAGAAAGAAAGAGUGGGCGGGCAGCCGCGCGACAGCUGUGUGGAGGCUUUCUCUGUUUCCGGGAUUCCUCCUUCGUCUCAGUUGCUGCGAGAGUACUAGUCUUCCGUGCUCCCUGUCUUAUGAUCGACGGCGACAGACCUGGAGAAGGGGCUGUUUGACACCGCUUGUCGCGCCGGUUAAGCCCAACAGAAUCUGUGGUUUGAAGGUGGAAUAAAAGAUGAGCAAUGGAAUGGUAGCACCAAAGAUAAGAGCAGUCGCGAGCUUGUCUGUUUUACGUCUGCCUGUUGCAGUAUUUCUAGCUGUUGUGUCUCCUGGACUCACCUCAGAAUGCAGACCGCCUUUUCUGCCAGAAAAUGGAGGAUACACCUGUCACCCUUCUCCUUGCCACCAGUUCUCCCAGACCACAGUGAUAGAGUAUUUUUGUGAUGAAGGGUACACGCUCAAAGGCGAUUACAAAUACCUCACCUGCCAGAGUGGAGAGUGGUACCCCCCGAUGGAGAUCAGCUGCCGACUUGGGCAAGGUAAAGAACUGCAGUCUUCUUUGGGUGUUCCUGCACUUUCCAUUGUUGCCUCCACAGCCAGCUCAGUUGCACUCAUUCUCUUGUUGGUGGUCCUCUUUGUUCUUCUUCAGCCAAAACUUAAGUCCUUUCAUCAUAGCAGGCGUGACCAGGGAGUGUCUGGUGAUCCUGUGUCUAUUGUGGUUGAAGGUGUACAAGUUUCUCUGCCAUCCUAUGAAGAGGCAGUUUAUGGGAGUGGAGGAGCUACCAUUCCACCGGUUGAAUCGAGAGUUCAGAUAGUACUGUCAGAGGGACCAGGUGGGAUGGAUGAACCCCACAGAGAGGAAGAUCACAUAGGACAAGCUGAACUGAAUCAGUCUAGCAGUUGUCAAAAUUCAGAGAGAGUAUUGGUGCAUCAAGCUGCUACUUCCUCCUCCUCCUCAUCCACCUCCUCUUCUUGGGCCUUUGAGCAUUCUGGGGCUGCUGCCUCUCCACAAAGACAAGACUCAGAGAGCAGUGACCGGCAAAGCCAGUGUUCUCUCACAUUCACCAAUGAUUUUUCAGAUGAUAUCCCAUUGCUGAAGGAAGCCUGAAGCUCGAUUGUAUCAGCUGCCUUUCUUGAUGGGUUCGCCUGCACCUUCUGAAGUCAACGGGAGUGUCUUGCUGGUGCUCACCUUGGAGUUCCUCUUCAGCUGUCCUCUUUAUCCAAGAACUGUUGAUCUUGAUUUGAAGCCUGGGACUUUUUAGCUGAAGUCAUCUCUUCAGAAAAAGGGAGGCCACCUUCUUUUCCUCUAUUGAGGAGCCUGUGGAUCUGCUUGCCUUAUUUUAACAUACAUUUUGACCAAGCAGCAAGCAAAUUAAAGCAAACAGUAAACUGAUUCAAUGGCAAGAGAUAAAGGACACCAAUGCAAUGAGGUUGUGACUUCCAUAUUGUCUCCCAAGGAAUGUACAGGUGUGUUUUGUUCAUACAGUUUUUGUACAACCAAUCAUUAACCACACGCACUUUGACACUUGUACAAAUGCUUUAUAAGUAGCCUGUAUUUAAUCACUGUUGUAAAUUUGUUCACCAACAACACUUGGAUAUUUCAAAGUACCGUUUCCUUUUUCUUAGAAAAUAUAUACUUCUGUUGACACACACACACACACACUCAGACACAUGGGGUAGUUAAUAGCCUUCAGGAUUGCUAUUCUGUAUACAAUCUCUUGGCAUCAGUGCAGUGGUAGUUGCAUGGUUCUACAGCAGUUGUUUACAUCUAUUUCAUAUUCCAUUUUUAAUUAAGUGCUUUAAUUUUUUUAAAUAUGAAAGGCUUUUUAAAUUUAAUAUUUCUUUUGAAUCUUAUUUGCUUAUUCAUAGUAAUAUAUCGCUUGCUUACAAGCUUUUAGUAUAUUUGAAGGGCUAUUUGUUAAUGCCUCAAUUAUCAAAUUUAAGUGGAUUUUCACUCCAUUAACUUUUUUCUUUUCCAAAGAAGUGGGAGAUGUUAAAUUACAAAUUGGUGUACUGAAAAUGAUUUGUUAAAUGUAUGUUUUGUUCUGUCAUCCUCCUGUUAGCUUUCAUAAUGGCUAUACAUUAGUCCACAAGUAGCUAAUUAUAAUAAAAAAAAAAAACAAAAAUCUCUCCAAUGGUUUUAAAGCCUAACAUUUACAUUGUAGCUCUUGUCCAUUAUGAAAGCUACACUUUUUGUAUGGUUUUCUUUUUAUGCACGUAAGAAAGGCUUCAAUUUCACUGGCUUUAGCUUACCCAAGCCUCUCUCAAAUUGCUGUAAUUUGUGAUCAGGAUUAGUUAUCAUCAAUCAUGAAACAUUAACCAAGUGUUCUAAUGGUUGCAAUGUUAAUAGACAUGACAAAAAUUAAACAGCUUCACUAGCUUUUGGAAGUUUAAAUUUAGGUUUUAACCUUUUGGUAUAAAGUCUUUACAACUAAUGUGAGCAAUCAGUCCUUCUAUUCUGCUUUGUAGCAUUUCAAUUUGAUUGACCUUUCAUACUAUGGUGCUGCAGCUUGGAAAGUUGUAUACAAAAUGGUAGACAAGUAAAAUGGGGAGUAAAGUCUGACUAAGAGACACCCCACAGAUCCCACAGUUUUCAUACUUUUUAUCACCCCUUAAAAUCUAUUCACUGAUUAAUAUUAUCAUACAUUUGGUGCUUGUAGUUUGUAAGAAUCUUGCUCGCAGCAAACCUGAUAUAUAUUUAAAUGAUUGUAUUUAAUUUGUUUUAUUACUGUAUAAUAAAUGUUCUUCCUGUUGUAAUUAAUUAAUGUGGUUCACAUGCCUUUCUAAUGCAGUUUUGUCUUCUCAGGGCUCUGUUUGUGCAGGGAGAAAUUGUCUUUCUACCCUCUUUUAUAAAGACUGCAGUUAAAGAAUACAAGUCCUUCUUCCAUGAUCGAUUGUUCGACUGCUGUAGAUUGGCUGUGGCAUGCGUGUUAAAAGUUGUUGUAUUUUUUUUAUUUUAAGGCUAAUUUUGGGUUUCCAGUACGCACUUUGUAUGCCUUAGAUUAUUUAACAGGCGCCUGCAACACCAUUUUAAAAUUUUCUGUUGUAUUGUAUAAAAGCAUCCCAUUUCCAUUGUGUCAUGUCAUGGAAGAGUACCAAUUUGAGUAUACAGGUGUAAGAUAAGAAAUGGAUGAAACAGGAUGCACUAUUGGGUUAAAAAUACUGUCACUGUUAAGUUUAUUAUAGCAUGGCACACUCUAAAACAUUUGGUUU